UAGCGGGCAUGAAAUAACUUUCAGCCACUUCUGGUUUGCUCAAAUGGCUUCAAAUCCUUGUUUGGUUAAAAUGGCAUUGACUUAAAUGAGACUAUGGGCAUGAUGAGCAAGGCAUGGAUUUCAGCAGCAUUCUCCAGUAGCUCUGGUAUUACUUGACUGGAAUCCUGCAUCCGAUACUUCAGCUCCUGGAGUUGAGGAUACUGAGGUUCCUGAUUGUUUUCAAGUCACUGAAGAAUACCAGUGUGGCUGAAAUGCAUUUGACAGUUUGAAAUUUUAAUCUGCAAUCAUAGAAUUGUAGAGCUGGAAGGGAUCCCAAGGAUCAUCUAGUCCAACCCCAUGGAAUGAAGGAAUAUACAGCUGUCCCUUAUGAGAAUCGAACCUGCAACCUUGAUGUUAUCAGCACCACGCCCUAACCAACUGAGCUAUCUAGAUAUGAUAUUUGUGGACUUUAUGAUAGUUUUCUCUGCAUGAAUGCUUGUUCCAAAAUGUUGGCAGUUAGCCAUCUGUUUUUAAAUUCAUAUAUUGCAACUGUAGUUUUUGGCUUCAUUACAUCCAUUUAGAUCUUCUGCUAAAGCAUAUUUUCUUCAUGCUAUUUCAACAUAGAACUAUUUUGUUGUUCUCCUUUGGACACCUGCAUUAAAACGAAAUCCUGCUUCCCUGCAUUUUUAAAUUGCAGGUGUCCAUAGGAAUCUUGGGUUCCUGAUCUGCUUUUCAAAAGCCUUGUUGAGGCACACUUUGAGUGCCUGUCUCAGAAUUUAUGAAUAGUUAACACUGUUCUCCCAAAGCUCCCCUCCAGCAUGGCUUCGAGGAGGAAUAGCAGUGACCCAGCAAACAGGAGGAGGACAGAGAGACGCAGAUCAUCCCUGGAAGUUUCCUCAGAAGACCAGGUGGCACAGCAGACAGAAGAGGUCUUCCAGAGCUAUGUUUUCUAUCGAUACCAACAGGAGCAGGAGCAGACUGGGCAGGAAGUGCCCAUAGAUCCAGAAAUAGCUGUGAUGCAGCCGGAGCAUGACAACAUCAACAACCAAGUGGGCAGGCGCCUGGCCACCAUAGGGGAUGACAUCAAUGCACGGUAUGACAGCGAGUUCUCUGAGAUGCUGAAGUCACUGAAGCCCUCCAGGGACAAUGCCUAUGAGUACUUCGUCAAAAUAGCCUCCAGUUUGUUUGAGAGCGGCAUCAACUGGGGUCGUGUGAUAGCACUGCUGGGCUUCGGCUACAGGAUGGCAAUCCAUGUGUACCAGCAGGGGUUGACCGGCUUCCUAAGCAGGAUCGCCCGCUACAUGGCUGACUUUGUGCUUAGAAACCGCAUUGCCCAGUGGAUUGCACAACAGGGAGGAUGGGCGGCAGCACUGGACUUAAGCAAUGUUUACUGGAAGUACGUGGUGACAGUGGCCGCCGUGAUUUUGCUGGGCCACUUUGUGAUGCGGCGCUUCUUCAACAACCAGUGACCGGGAAGGAGAGUGUCACUGGCCGUUUGCAUCCCAGCCACUGACUUGCUCCUGGGAGGUGACACUUGUCAAGGAGGAUUCAGGAAACAACCAAAGGAAGCCAGAUGGUUCUUUAUCACCUUCCAAUAUGACACCAGCUUAUUAACCAUCCACAUGGAGAUUUCAGACACAAGAAAUCCACAGCAUAGUAUUUAAAAAGGUGGAACUGAGUAUGGGAGAGGAUUUAUUACUUCAAGAGACCACCGGGGGCGGAGGGGGGG